AUGUCGGGCUCUCAUCGGAUUUGCUCCUUCCUGGGAUACGAGCAGGAAUCCCGGAGUGUUGCCGCCUUGGAAAUGUCUCGUGUUAAUUGUGACGGCGUGAAUCCAGAACCGGUCGACGGCUAUCUGCUUUUCACGCUCGAGCGGUGGGGGUGUCUGUUGCAAUCCACUGUCUCAGAAGACACCGUCAGAGAUGUCACAGCCCGACUCCACUCCUGCCAUGCUUACGAAGUUGCAAAGAUUCGGCUGCAGGUUCCUGCAAUUUGCGAUCAAGAAAAGGAUGGCAUCAAGGACCAGUUGCUGGAAGUACUGGCGGCCGCACUGCAGGUCAAUCUACUCGACCAAAAAUCAGAGACUCAGAGGAAUCGCCUUCAACAUACACUGAAUCCGCCAGCUGCGAAUAUAUCAGGUCAACCAAGCAAAAAUGCAGCAGGUGUGACGGUCUCCGUCAGCGGAGCAGGAAAGAUCUCCUUCGUCAUCACAUUUGAUGCGGUUUCUGAGUACUGCACGGCCAAUGUCACAUCGCGAAAGAUAUCGUUUCUUAUCGGCUUGAGCUCGACGUUGACUAUUCUGGCCUUGUAUAUGAUCGAGGUAGGCUUCAGCCUGGCGUGGCGGCUUUCAACUGGCUGGAUCCUAACGAUUAUAGGAUAUAUCGGAAUCGUCACCUUCGUCACUCUGGCUGCUCAAAAUAUCCACCAUUGCAGUCACUCGAUUCCGCUUCGGCCAAGAAGUGCGCCUCUUUCGCAGACGUGGAAGGAUGGGCUUGUGAUAGCUGCGCAGUCUGACAGCAGGUUGAGAGCAGAUUUCCUUUCUGCUGUCAAUGGUCGGAGACAGGCAUUCGAAGCGGUUUGGCUGAAGCCUCUAACCAGCUGGGCUUGCAUCAAAGCUGAUGCGAUUGGGAUUUGCCUGACGUUGAGCUUCUUGUGUCAUUACCUUGGACUUCGUUCGUCCAGCUGGUGGCUCGGUGUGUGCGAGCUUGUUAUUUGCAUCUCUGCCGCUUUCGCCCGUAGUCUUACCAAAAGUAGACCGGUGGAAUUCCGCUCGGGGACAGGACAAGACCCUGAAGCAAGAAUAGACUGGAGUUGUUGCAGCACCGGUCUGAUUACCGUUCAAAACGCGACAGAGGUAAACUCUCGAUCCCAACCCGUCCUCAGUGGUCUCGACUUGUGGGUAUGUUCGCCAGACAUGAGUGUAUCAACUCCAGCCGCUGCCGAGAGCAUUUCCUGGCAUACAGCGGCGCUGUGCUUAAAGCAUCAGCAUCUAGUGGGGUGGAUCUCGAAGAUGACCGGAAUGAGACUAUGGGUCGGGAGAAGCGGGCAAAGCAGUGCUUCCCGUGCUGCCGUGAUAUAUUCCACGUCCGGCAUCCUGGUACAGCAAGGCCUGGCAUCGACCGACGUAGGCAUGUGCGUUGCAUUCUCCUGCACAACGAACAGCCUCGCCGCUCCCACGGCGUGGCUCGCUCGCGCGAUCAUGAGACAACCGAGAUGGAGAGUUGAUCGCAAAGUCUUCACUGCGAUCAAUGAAACGAUCGGCAACGUCCACGUCCCUUCGUUGAGCUCGACCAUGACAUGGUAG